AACAUUGACUGAACUACAUGAAAAAAAGUAGGAAAAAUAAAUUCCAAGCCAUAAUUAAUUGAUAUUUAACAAAUUUCUCGUUUUAAUUAUACGUAAAACACCAUGAAAAAAUCCAAAUCUGUUGGCGAUAGACUUAAAGUAAUAAAAUUGCAAAGCAAUUUAAAUAAACAGAAUAUUCCGGAGAAGCCACAAGAUGAUGGUGGCACUAAUUUCGAAGAAUAUCCCAAAUUGAGAAAACCCAAGCCUGCUACAUUACUAAAAAUAAAAGCGCAUCAAAGAAAAUCAGAUUCCGUAGCAAUGCCACACGCUAAAGCCGAUGCUGGUGGAAAUGAAGACGAUAAAAAUCUACAAGUGCCUUUGCGUCAAGAAUUUCUAAAUAAAAAAGAACAAAUAGAAAAGGCUACUUCCAAUUUCUUGAAAAAAUAUGAAAUGCGUAAAAGCCAGGGUAGACUAUUGGAUGAUGAUAUUUUUAGUCAGGAAUCGGAUGAGGCUCAGCCCUUAACUUUGCACAACGAACUUGAUUUAAAAUUUAAUGAACUUGAUCUAACAGAACAAGCAACUAAUAAGAAUAUAAUGAAGGUAACUAAAGAUUCCGCUAAAUCUUUAAACUAUCUCGAACAACAUUUGGUAAAUAUGCUAUAUACUAAGGUGCAGGCUCAUGCUAAUGGAUUUUUUGCCUCAAAUUUACCUCUUUGGUAUAAGAAAACAUUCGAUAAAGAUCUACCUAGUGGCUGGUUAGAAUUGUUAGAAAGAUCGCAUAAAUUUUACAUCGAAGAAGUACAAAAUAAAAUUGUUCUCUACACCAAAGAGAUCAAUAAUGAAGAUACUAUCGAUUUAAAUAGCUCCGGAGAUCAUGCUAAUACUACAAUGAAGAAAACUAAUUCACAAGAAAUUCAUCCGGAAAAAUCAAUCGAUCGUACUAAUAUAAAUACAGAAUCAUCGGUUGGUUUUGUGCGUUACAAACAUUUGCAAAAAUCUAUACACAAAUAUGCUGCUCAAAACGCUGGUCGUGAUAUGCCAUAUGCUAGUAAAAGCAAUGAGAACUUUAUAAAACCUAUUGAUAGGUUGAAUAAGGCAGCAGUAAUAAAUAAAAAAUAUAGUUUUGUUAAAAAAUAAUAUACAUAAAUACAUACCUAUAUGUAUGUAUUUAUAAAAAUUUAUUUUAUCAU